AUGAAGGCUUACCACUGGAAGGGCAGGGGUGAAGUGGAAAUGGAGGGAUCGGCUGACGGUGAGGACAGUGAUGACUACGAGCUGGAGGAGGGACAGGGAGGUUGUACAGCACUGGAAGCCCUCAAAGAACUAAAUAUCACAGAAUUCUUGCCCGAAGACUACGAGGAACUCAAGUCUGAGCCCAGGGUUAAGAUAGUCAACCACUUCGACGACACUUGGGGCCGCUUUUUGAGGGCUUUCCGAUGGGAGCACCGGCUCUACAGCCAGAAAGACGUCAAACAAUUACGACUUCAAACUGGAGCCCAAGUGUACGGUCGCUAUGACACGACUCCUACAGGCGCUGUCCCGCGAGGAGAUCUGGGCCUUCAAUCACAUCCCGUGCCCACCGGCUUCUGGGGUGGGAUUAUAUCGGAGUUCGGCGAAUACGACCAGUGCCUCGACAUUAAGAGCCCACCACACGAGGGGCACACCAUUUCCGGCCAGUACUGUAUGCUGAGACUGAUUAUGCCGUACCCUCUCAUUGAGUCCUACGACAAGAGCUUUGAGGACAAUGUGUUCGCCAAUCAGUUGAGAAAUUUCACCAAAAAGUAUGGUUUCGAUAAGUAUUCAGAAGUGAAUCCAAUCCUAAAGAUCACGGAAUACCUGAAUAUGAGAAAAGGAAAGUUCUUUGAGUUCGGGAUCUGUUUCCCCGAUGUCUGCAGUCCUCAAGACAUCGAAAAGGAGUUCAAUAGAAUUUGCAUCAUCUACCCAUUACUACGCAUACCGGUUGAGAUCAAUGAGUGGACGUGUAGUGUGAGGGACAGACCUAUUAAGUUGGAUGGCUUUCAGAUAUUCUCGAUUGUAACGUUCACCACAUUGACGGCACUGGUAGUGAUGAGCACUUCCCACGAGUUAUAUCACAAGCAUUUGCGACAAAAACUAUUUGCGACCCAAAAGCAGCCCAAACUUGCGGCGAACCGACUCUUGCGGUCGUUUUCAGUCAUCUAUAAUACGCGCCAAUUGUGUGAAGACAAGUGCCGGCGCUUCCAAGCCGUCAAUACAAUCAAACUGUUGGUGGCGUUGCAGAUGGUGUCGGCGCACACCUACCUCUUCACCGCCCAUUCAUUCGCGUUGAAGCGGUUCAACACCUCAGUGCCCCUCCAGCUCUUCCACGACAACCGAUACUUCUUCGUCAGGGCGAAGCAGCUCGGGAUCGACACCUUCAUGGUCUCC